UAACACCAGAUGCCAGUGGCCACAUAAUUACCGUUGGCUGUAAAACGGAGCUGCUGCAUAUUCGUGCGACAUGAUUUGAGUCCCUCCCUACCCAUUCUCUGGGCGGAACCUCUCUCCCGUUUCUCCUUCUCUUUCUGUCUGCUCCGAACAACAAUUAUCAUGGACGUGACGCGGGCGCCGCUGUGCCGGAGAAGCCUGGCGCUUUGUUUGCUGUUCAUCGCUCUUUACACCUGUCCGUCGUUCGCCGAAUGCGGUCCUUAUCCUAUCGGCACCAGGCUUGGGAACGUCUCCCUUACGAACGGACAAACCGCCCGAGGUGUCGCCUAUUCUGUCGGUAGUCCUGAGCAGGAAUUCGCCUUUCUGCCCCAAUGGCCCCUCAACAAUGUAAUGGCAUAUGGAACAAACGGGAAAUGUACGCCCCCAUCGCCAGCUGACGAGAGCGGGUGUACAACUUGGCGAGGCGGCCAGUACGAUUCGCUCAGCUCAAGCACGAGGAGAGGCAUCACGCAAGACUCAUAUCCCAAAGACGCCGACAACUACCCCUCAAUGAACUUCUACUCAGAUGAGCUCAAGCUGAACGACAACGUGACCAUGUCACGGGUACCCAUUGGUGUGCCACUCGAGGACUGGGGUCAAGAAGGUUAUCAUCCCAUGAUGGCUGUCGGGCUUGGAACGAACUCAUCCAUCCUCAACAUGUUGAAGGCGGAUGGAAGUAUCUUGUCUAGGACGUGGAGCAUGUUCCACGGCUGGACUGGGGCCUCCUCCACAAGCCAACAUGACGGGACGUUCGUGUUCGGUGGCUACGACCGAGCCAAGGUCUCUGGCCGCGGCUACAAAAUGUCCUUGACCAAGGAUGAAGGCUGCGCAUCGGAAAUGAUGAUUACGGUCGGCGACAUGAUCCUCAACUUUCCCAAUGGGACCACGAAAAGCCUUUUCACCUCCGAGUCAAAAUCGUUCUCGGCGUGUCUGGUCCCUGACUACCCAGUCAUCAUGACAAUACCACAGGAUCCCUACUUUGAGAGGUUUCAGGAAAUCACCCAAACGACCAUCUCAGAGAGAACUGCCGGGCUCUCUUACUACAGUGUACUUUAUGACGACGGCGAUGAUCCUUACGAGGGUGACUUGACCAUCGAAAUCCAGUCUGGUCCUUCGAUCCGCAUACCCAAUCAUCAACUUGUGACGCCGCAAAAGUACAUCGAUGAAGACACCAGAGGAUGGGCCGCAAAUGCCUCGAAACCAAAUCUGCUCCUCAAUCCGAUACAAGACGUCAACGCCAACGACUUGCCAAAGCUGGGGCGGUACUUCCUCUCCUCGGCAUAUGUCAUGUUGAACCAAGACGCAGGGGAAUUCACGCUGUGGUCUUCGAACCCUACCGACGUCGAGGAUCUAGUCGCGAUCGACGAGAAGGGCGACGAGCUCACCGAGUUCUGCAACCCGACUCCGACACCCUCGCCGAGUUCGGAUCCGAGUUCUAGUCCAACCGGUGAGCUUGUCGGGGGAGAGUCCACCGGUGGAGAAGACCCUGGCGAAGAAUCGACCAUGUCCACAGGCACAAUCGUGGGGAUCGCCGUUGGUGGUGCCGCUGGCCUGGGGGCUAUAGUCGCCGCCGUGGUCAUCCUCUGGCGGCGACGGCGCCGCAAUAAGACACGCGAUGUUCUAAACCGAGACGAGACCGGACCUAGCUCACACAAUGCUGUCAUGAUAGAGGAUCCAUAUGCAAAGAACAAUUACUACCACGCAGAGCUACCCGGGGGCACGCCUUCACCUUUGGACCAUGGGAAGAGCGUUCAUCCCAGUCAUUACGAGUUGGCUGGUUAGGUUUGUCGAUAGCUAGUGUCGAAUGUACGUGAGGAUUGAA